UCCUCUUUUUCUAGAAUAUGAAGAUUUAAGACAACAUUUAAACAAUGUAAUUAUAGAAAAACAAAAUCAAGAAAUAGAAAAUAAAGAUAUACGACAAGAGCUUGACAGUCUAAAUAUAGAAUAUCAAAAUCUAAAAAAAGAAAAUAAAGAUUUACGACAAGAGCUUGGAAAACGGGGGAUCGUCCUUGAGGAAGCAUGGAGGAAAAUACAAGAAAUGGAAAUCAAUAUUGUUCUGGACAGUGUCUCCGCACACCCUGAUGUUUCGGUAGAUGCUGAUGCUUUACAAGUAAGAUUUGUAGGAAAUACACGAGGACCUGACAGGUGGUAUUAUGUUGCCAUUGCUGAGGGGCUACCAACAAGAAAUCACUACUGGGAGGUGGAGGUUGGUGAGAAAAGCAGCUGGGCAAUUGGAGUAGUAACCACAGAAAUUAAAAAGAUGAAGACUAUUCCUGAAACCCCUGGUGAUGGAUUCUGGCUCGUCCGUUUAUGUAGGGGGAAGAAGUUUGAAGCUCUUUCCAACACUGUCACUGAUCUUCAAGAAAAACCCAAAAAAGUGGGGGUAUUCCUUGGAGAAAAUUACUUGUCCUUUUAUAAUGCAGAGAAUGCAAAACAUAUCUACACAUUUCAGAUGCAAUACUUUGAGCAUCUUUUUCCUGUUUUCAGUCCUGGUUCAAGUGACAGAGGACCUCUAAUAAUCAAGAAAAGCAAACUGUUAACUGAUCUUUCUAAUACUGCUUAAGAUAUUGCUUUGCCACUUCACAUCGUCUUCUUUACCAUUGCUUGUCCACUGAAGUUCUGAACUUACAUUUGGACAUGGAAUGUGGCUGUACAUAAACAGGUCAUUGAAUUUUAUGUUCUGUUUCUUGUUGGAGACUCAUCUCUUAAAUACCUUUUUAAUGACUAUGUACACAAAAAUCAUAUUGAAAUAAAAUGCCUUGUUAGAAAUAGAAAUAACACAUUUAUCCUCAGCACAAUCCCAUCCAUAUCUCAGUCCUUGUAUUUUGUUGAAAUUAUAAUAAUCUUUCUGGUUUCAGUACCUGAUUAAUAUGGCAUCUUUUGUAACAGUUUCUUUUAUUUAACCAGUGUACUUUUCUAAGGAAUUGUUCUGUUGGAAAAUCAAUUGUAUUUUUUUCAGUUUUUUUCUAUUUUAAAUUAAAGUUUACCUUGCUAUUUGUAGCUGA